GCACCAUGUGUCUCAUCUCCCACAGACCUUCACCAAUCCGGCUCCAUUAUCCCAAAGGCCUCGCCCAUGGAGAGCUUGUUCGCGGUGCCCGACGCCGGCGCCUCUGCGGCCUCCCCGCCUGCAUACAAACCCUCACCGUAUUCGUACGCGUCUCCUCCUCCAUCCGCCCACGUUUGGAACUCCCCGUCAGCCUAUAGCAGCAGCGAAGGCGCAUCUUCACCCGCAUCCGACGAUGUGUCUUCCGACCUCCCUCCGUCCAAUUUCGACCAAGAUUGGGAAAUUCUGAGCGACCUUUUGAUCGACGAUGCACUGAGUGCACUUCCGCCGCCCUCGGUCGUCAAUUUGAGCCACCAUUCGCCCCAGGCGACGCUAAACUCGGCCCAGAAUGUCCUAUUCCGCCAGAGCGAGGCCUCGCCGUCGUCCCCGUUCUCUGGCGCCCUUCCAGCAGGUUACAGCAGCUCUAGUAGCGCCAAUAGCGUUCCAGAGGCAGUUCCGGUUGCUCCACGACCCGUUGCAGCGAGCGAAGGUCCCAAGAAGCUCUCAAAAGGACGAAGUAGAGGCAGGAAGGUCGCUGAUGCAGGUCUGAAAAAGGAGCCACUGACUCUGGAGGAGCAGAAGAAGCAGAGACGCCGCUCCCAGAUCGCUUCCAGCGUUCAGAGACACAGAGAGAAGAAGAAAUGCCUCGUGUCGUCGCUACAGGCCGAGAUGGUUAGACUCACAGAGCAAUUAUCAAGUCUGAGAGCCGAGAGAAGAGCUCAAAUGGCUAACAACGACCAGCUCGUGGCGUACGAGGAAGAAGCCAUGACGCAACGACGCAAGAGGAAGCAGGCCGAGCAGAAGAACCAGGUGCUAAAGCAGGCUUUGUUCCAGCAGACAGCCUUCCUGGGAGGCAUGAGGGCCUUAAUGGGGGGAGGAGGUCUACCUUGCUCCAAGACGCUCGAGUUCCACGAUUGGGUGCACUCGUACACCGCCCUAGCGUCGAGAGAUGCUCUGGCCAGAAGGAAGGAGUAUGUGGCGCACUUCCCAAAGAGCAAGAUGGAACUGGCAAAUAAUCUGGUGCUAAAGAACACAGAGGACGAGACCCAGAGAAUGUUGGCGGUUGGAGAAGUGUACUCGGGUAAUGUGAAAUUGUUGCACGACGGGACACGCGACGCCCAGGAAUUCGACGACGGAUUGAUGCGGGAGCUGUUUAACACCACGACCAACACGCCUGAUUGUUGCCAAACGGACGAUGCGGGGGAUGGACGUGUGAUCAAGGAGUUCACUUCGGUCUUUUUGUUCAAAGAGACGCCUCAGUGUACGCUUGACAUGCUGAUGGAUCUGGUUUUCACUAGUAUGCGGUCGAUUGGCGUGUACUACCCUGGUGUGGCAUACCAAUCUCGAUCGGUGGACGAAGUGUACCAAAACGAAGACAGAGUGACCAAAUCGCGUAUUUUCUACACAGAUCUGGCAUCAUCCAUGGAGCCCAUUUUGGAAAUUGUGGACGAAUCUCGCCAAACGGACGAGAUCAAGGUGGAGGCUCGUGUCAUCACUCGAGAACAGCGUAGCGCUGACGGAGGCAUGAUAUUAUGGGACUACGUGGACGACGACUCGUUGCACCCGAUGCCUGUGGACUCUCCAGGCCGUAAGACCAUUCGCCGAAACGUGUGUGGAGCGAUGAUCAUUCGUCGCGAGCCGGGCACUGGUAUGAUGUCUGUUCGCCACACGUCCAUCAAGGGAUACUGUCCGUUGUCGAAAGCCAAGAACUCGACGCCCACGCCGGAGACGUCUGAUGCUGAGGAGGCUCGACGAGCUGUAACGCGACGUAUUGGCCUUCAAGCUUCAGAGUGCGACCGCGUCAAGGACCGAUGUACACGUUACGUGUUCAACGACAUCACCAGUCGCUUGAACUCUCUCCACGUCUCGUAGUGUCUCACCUUUGUUUUUGUCAGUACCAACUUUUGACAGUUCUCUCAUAAUUUGUUGCAAUGAAAAAAAAAAAGCAUUUUUAGUAACGAAAAGC